AUGACUUAUUGUAAUAAUAAACUCCAUUCGCAUCCUUUGACAAUUGUUGGUUCACAAAAUGAGGUGGACUUGCGUGGAGCUUUGGAUUAUCACUGCAGUGCUGCUUGUAUUCCUUCUUGCUUGCAUCUUUUGCCAGUAGAUGCGCCACUUGGUUUCCUUCACGAAAAUUAUGCUGCAGGAGUAGGUGCUUCUGCUGGAGCAUCAAUAAUCUGCAUGCAUGCACAUAUACCUAGAUUUGCAUUUGAGAAAUUCCCUGGAUCUGAGGCCAUACUGACAACUCAGAUGAAGUCUGUCGGUGAGUCCAUGGCAGUAGGUCGCACAUUCCAAGAAUCCUUCCAAAAAGCAGUGCGGUCUCUAGAAUGUGGUUAUUCUGGAUGGGGCUGUAUCCAGGUUAAGGAAUUGGACUGGGAUUGGGACAAAUUGAAGUAUAGUCUUCGGGUUCCUAAUCCUGAUCGCAUCCAUGCGGUAUAUGCUGCAAUGAAGAGGGGGAUGAAGGUAGAUGAUAUCUUUGAGCUCAGUUACAUAGACAAAUGGUUCCUCACUCAGCUAGGGGAGCUUGUAGAUGUGGAGCAAUUCCUUCUGGCUCGCAGUUUGUCGGACUUAACAAAGGAUGACUUCUAUGAAGUGAAAAAGAGAGGGUUUAGUGACAGACAGAUAGCUUUUGCGACAAAGUCCAGUGAGGAGGAGGUUCGGUCAAGGCGUUUGUCUUUGGGUGUGAAACCAGCAUAUAAACGAGUUGAUACAUGUGCUGCAGAAUUUGAGGCUGAUACGCCUUAUAUGUAUUCAUCUUAUGACCAUGAGUGUGAAUCAGCUCCUACCGAUAGGAAGAAAGUGUUGAUUUUAGGUGGUGGACCAAACCGAAUUGGACAGGGUAUUGAGUUUGAUUAUUGUUGCUGUCAUACAUCCUUUGCCCUUCAGGACGCAGGCUAUGAAACAAUUAUGAUGAAUUCCAAUCCCGAGACAGUUUCUACAGAUUACGACACAAGUGAUCGUCUCUACUUCGAGCCUCUGACAGUCGAGGAUGUUCUUAAUAUCAUCGACUUGGAAGGACCUGAUGGUAUCAUUGUGCAAUUUGGAGGUCAAACCCCAUUAAAACUGGCUCUUCCAAUUCAGAAUUACUUGGAUGAGCGAAGGCCUAAGACUAGAAGUGGAGCUGGCUUUGUUCGCAUUUGGGGUACAUCACCUGAUUCCAUUGAUGCAGCUGAAGAUAGGGAGAGGUUCAACGCCAUCCUGAAUGAACUACAGAUUGUGCAGCCAAAAGGGGGUAUCGCAAAGAGCGAAAAGGAUGCCGUUGCCAUUGCGACAGAAGUGGGAUAUCCUGUUGUCGUCCGACCCUCUUAUGUCUUAGGUGGCCGGGCAAUGGAGAUAGUUUACAACAAUGAAAAAUUAGUGACAUACCUUGAAAAUGCUGUUAAGGUAGAUCCGGAGCGCCCUGUUCUGAUUGACAAGUAUUUAACUGAUGCUGUAGAGAUUGAUAUUGAUGCACUUGCUGAUUUGCAUGGUAAUGUGGUCAUCGGUGGAAUAAUGGAGCACAUUGAGCAGGCUGGGGUUCAUUCAGGUGACUCAGCUUGCAUGCUUCCUACACAAACAAUUUCUGAUUCAUGCUUGGAAACUAUUAGGUCGUGGACUACGAAAUUAGCAAAGAGGCUAAAUGUGUGUGGCCUCAUGAAUUGUCAAUAUGCCAUCAGUGCUUCUGGUGAGGUGUUCUUGCUUGAGGCUAACCCCCGUGCAUCACGGACGGUUCCUUUUGUUUCCAAGGCGAUUGGGCACCCGUUGGCUAAAUACGCUUCUCUAGUUAUGUCAGGUAAAUCACUACAUGACCUAAACUUCACCAAGGAGGUUAUCCCAAGACAUGUAUCAGUUAAAGAAGCUGUUCUUCCAUUUGAGAAAUUCCAAGGAUGUGAUGUGCUUCUUGGUCCUGAGAUGCGCAGCACUGGUGAGGUAAUGGGUAUUCACUAUGAGUCAUCAAUUGCAUUUGCCAAAGCACAAAUUGCUGCUGGACAGAAAAUGCCACUUUCAGGCACUCUAUUCCUAAGUUUAAAUGAAUUGACAAAACCUCAACUUACCACAAUUGCUCGAGCCUUUUUGGGGAUUGGAUUUCAAAUCAUUGCAACUUCUGGAACUGCACGUGUACUUGAAUUAGAAGGCAUGCCAGUGGAACGAGUGCUUAAAAUGCAUGAAGGGCGGCCACAUCCUGCAGAUCUCAUUGCCAAUGGGCAGAUUCAGUUGAUGGUGAUCACAAGUUCAGGGGACGCACUUGAUCAGAUUGAUGGCCGGAAGCUGAGAAGGAUGGCUCUCGCAUACAAGAUACCUGUAAUAACAACAGUGGCAGGGGCUUUGGCCACCGCUGAUGCAAUUAAAAGCUUGAAAUGCAACAAGAUUAAAAUGACAGCACUUCAAGAUUACUUUGAUGUCAAGAAGGUAGCAGCUGAGCUCAAAAACCUGCAGUCUGCAUCAUCUGUUUCUACUAGUUGACUUGCCAUUAGGUGAAUCAGUCUUCUUUGGUUGCCUGUAAGUUUUUUCUCUUGUUCUGCUCUAUGUUAUAGGUGGCCUUGUUACUUUAUGGAUUUGGUGCCUCGUUUUUUCAAUUUUUUUCUUCCUGACUAGCUUAACAAAUGUACUGGAACAUCAAAAUCUACUUAUAAAUUAACAUGUUUUCCUCA